AGAGUAUACGCGCAUACCUUCCUUUUCCAAAAUCAUUCGAAUAAUAAAACACGUAGAAUAAACCCUACCUUUCCCUUUUGACUUUUCUCCGCCUUCCCACCUUCUAUAUAAAUCCACCCUGUAUUGCGAGGGCUGGCUGGAGGUUAUACUGCAACAUACCUUCUUUCUUCCUCAAGCUCAAGCUCUUGUUCGACGCAUCGAUACUCAGUCUCCAGGAGCUCAAAACCGCGAAGAGAAGACCAUGACCAUGGCCGAGGUCGAAGUUGAAGUCGUCUCGAGAGACACCAUCAAGCCCUCAUCUCCAACUCUGGACCGUCUCCGCCAUUACAAGCUCUCCUUUCUUGACCAGAUACAAGUCCCCGUGUUCAUGCCCUUGGUCCUCUUCUUCCCAAGGGACGACGGCAUGUUGCUCGAUGAGAAACUCAGCCGCAUCAAGCAGUCGCUGGCCAAGGCCCUGGCCAAGUUCUACCCUCUGGCGGGUCGGGUCAGGGACAACCUCUACGUCGACUGUAACGAUGAGGGCGCUCUGUACGUGGAGGCUCGGGUCAGGUGCAAGCUCGGUAUCCUUGAGAACCCGGAACCUCGGGUGAUGAACAGGUUCUUGCCAUGUGAACUCGACAACGUGCAGGACUUACCUGUGGCUGUUCAGGUCAACUUCUUCGAGUGCGGUGGCUUAGCCCUUAGCCUCUUGAUCUCCCACAAGGUCGCCGAUGCCCUCUCCUUCUUCACCUUCCUCAACGCCUGGGCUUCUGCUGCCCGUGGGGACCCUGGCAUCAUCGAUCCCUGCUUCAGCUCCUCUGAGCUUCCUCCGAUUGACCUCUCUGGCUUCCAGACGUCCACUGGCAUCGUCAAGGACAACAUCUCCACCAGGCGCUUCAUCUUCGACGCUGCCACCAUCGCCUCGCUCCGCGAGAAGUUCACUGACCUGAAAAAGGUCGCAGAUGUGGCUGACCACCCGCGCCGUCGCCCAACCCGUGUCGAGGCCCUGUCGUCCUUCCUCUGGAGCCGCUACAUGGCAAGCACGCAGCCAAUUGAAGCCAGAGGAGACAAGAUCUACACUGUGCUCCACGCUGUGAAUCUUCGGACGAGGACAGAACCACCGAUAUCAGAGCGCCACUUUGGCAACAUCAGUAGGCUGGCGAUCGCGGUGCCGACUGUGGAUGCCAGCACCGACGGAGGCUACAAGAUAGUCGAUCAGGUAAGGGACGCAAUCAAGCAGGUGAAUGCGGAGUACGUUAGGAAGCUCCAGGAAGGGCAGGGCCACCUGAACUCGCUGAAGGAGCGGUCGUCAAGGAUCUCGCGUGGCGAGGUGGUGUCUUUCAGCUUCACGAGCCUGUGCCGGUUCCCGAUGUACGAGGCGGACUUCGGGUGGGGAAAGCCUGCCUGGGUCGGCUCAGCGAGCCUCACUUUCAAGAACCUGAUCGUGUUCAUGGACACCAAGUCCGGCGAUGGCAUCGAGGCCUGGGUCAACCUCAAGGAGGACGACAUGGCAAAGUUCGAGCAGGAUAAGGAGUUGCUCGCGCUCGUUUCGCCUUCCGUGAGCGUCGGAAGCCGUGCUUAGCCGUCGAAGCUGGCCAAAAAGUGGUGGCCUUAUUAUGAAUACGUACUUCGUUUCUCCUAUGUCUUUUUUCUUUUGGCUUUUCAUGAGAAGUUUUCGGUAUGUACGCAAUAAUAAAGCUUCAGAGGCAACUGUAGAUUUGAUGGAUGGAAUGGAAAAAGGGAAAGUUUACAUGAUUA